AUGGAGGAACUAAGUGAAAUCUUGAAGAACAAUAGUACUGAAGAUAUCACUUGGUUUUGCUCUCUCUCAGAAUCUGAACUGGAUUUGCUCACCAGCAUAAAGAAGCUAGCUAUUCAACGUGCCAGAAUAAGUGGUUAUGAAGAACUAGCUGAGAAAUUUGAUCUUAAGAACCUCCUAGCUCUCGGGCUUGUGGUAAUGGAUUAUGUAAAAAAAAAGGUACAAGAUGAUACUUCUCUUACCGCAAGUGUUGUUCAUCAAGUCAGGUUUUUGGAUAACUGUAAUCUGUUGAAAACGAAUGUCGAUGAUUCUAUAGACAUUGAGGAGAUUCUGAUUGAAAUCUGCAACAAGAAGUCAAGAAGGAAAUCACGGAAAAGACGCUUGGUGGAUGCUAUUGAACAGGUAGCGAAACCCAGUUAUGGAGUCGUUGCUUCGGGUCGAUCGCGCUUGCUUAGAAACCCUAAUUCCGGUGCCGAUGUGCAGUCGCCGAGUUUGGACACACUCAGAACUGAUUCCUCACCCAGUGACCGUGAACGAAUUGGAUCUGGUAAUGUCACGAACUCUAUUCUACAGUUUCUUUCUCUGCAAACUCUUUUUGAUUCUCCGGAUGAUGUUGAUAGAUUUUCCGAGCUAAAACUGGGAUACGAGUCUCUCAUUUGUCUCAAUCAAGCCUUCAUGUACUUCUCUCUGGUUUUUUGUGCUGAAUAUCUUUUACAAGUUGUACGAGGUGCAAUCCCUCAUGCGUAUUUUGAGUCAAAUUCGACUAUUUCGACAGCUGAAAUUGCUGUCCAUGUUCUCGAUUACCUUUACAAGAGGCUGGAUGAAGUAUGCCUUGUACAAGGUGGUGAGGUGGAAGGAUUUCACAUGCUGCUGCAAAUCUUUGCUGGAAGUUUAUUGCCAUAUGUGGAGGGUUUGGAUUCAUGGUUGUUUGAGGGAACACUUGAUGAUCCUUUUGAAGAGUUGUUUUUUACAGCCAAUCAGUCGGUCUCCGUUAAUGAUGCAGUGUUUUGGGAGAAAAGCUAUCUGUUAACGAAGGUGCCCAGCCCAAAAUCAAAUGUAGCUUCACUAGAUGACAAGAAAGAAACGAGUGGAAAUGACUCCAACUCGUCUUUAGCUUCUGACAAAGACAAAGAGCAGAAUACACGCGUGUUAUGUCCAUUAUUCAUAAAAGACAUCUGUAAGUCUAUUGUUUCUGCUGGAAAGUCGCUCCAGCUGAUGCAGCAUAUUCCUUCCACGUCUUCAGAAAAUUCUGGAAAGAUUCCAUUCCAUGGGCGAAAUGGUUCUGGGAAUUCUGGUUGUGGUACACUCCGGGCUAAAAAGAGCACUGCAGAUUUAUCCUUGUCUGAAGUCUUUUGUCUAACACUCGCUGGCCUUAUAGGCCAUGGUGAUCAUGUCUCUAGAUAUCUGUGGAAAGAUGAGGCAGAUGAGUGGGAAAUUUCUUCAACUUUAGCAUCAUAUAUAAGUGGCGAGCUGGUAAAUGAAAUGGGUGAUAAAGAUCUUCCAGUUCUCGCAUGCUCCGAGCGAAUGUGGUAUAAGUUGUUGGUUGGUGCUGUGCAAGAGAAAAGAUCUAUGGAGGCCAAAUCAGAACACCAGAGUGCGUACAAUGUUACUGGUGUUAAGGAUGAAAAAAAUGGCCUCGCUGCAGGAAAAGCAUUGCAGGGGUUAUUCUGUCAUGAAAAUCUUGUUGUUUCAGUAUCUAAAAUGGAUCUUGAGAGAACCAAAAAUGCUUGGGAAGCCUUGAACUUAUCUCAAAAUUAUUGUCUUCCCUCCCUGAAUGACGAGAGUUUGUUGAGUGCUGUUUUUGAGGGAUCUGGCUUGACAGAUGCUGGAUUGAGCGGGACAAACUACAAAUUUGGAUUCCAAUUUGGUAGAUCUGAAUAUCUUUCUUCUCAGGAUGACACCAAAAUUCUGGAAUCGUUAUUUCCCUUUCCCACUUUGCUUCCCUCAUUCCAGCCGAAGCUCCAUAUGUCAGAAUUUCUACCUUGCCAAAAGAAUAGUACACUUCCUUCAAGAGUUCUCAGCUGGAUGCUAAAGACAGAACCAAGUUAUACUCCACUUCCUGUUGUAAUAAUGCAGGAAUGCUUCACAAUCUACAUCAGGAGGCAGGUGGACUACAUUGGCAAAGUGAUUUUGACAAAAUUAAUGAAUGACUGGAAAUUACUGCAUGAACUUGCGGUGUUGCGUGCUAUUUACUUAUUAGGGUCUGGGGACCUUCUGCAGCAUUUUCUGACUGUCAUAUUCGAUAGGCUGGGCAAGGGAGAGGCAUCAAAUGAUGAUUUUGAGUUGAACAUAAUCCUUCAGGAAUCAAUUAGAAAUUCAGCUGAUGCCAUGCUGUUAAGCAGUCCUGAUUCAUUGGUGGUUUCUAUAUCCGGAGAAGGUUGUUUAGACAGAGACAAAGAUAAUAAGGGUGACGUAAUACCCGUCUCUUCGACUCGAAAAAGCCGCAUUAACAACUUCGGGAUAGAUUGCCUCGAUUCUCUCAAAUUCACAUACAAGGUGCCAUGGCCGCUUGAGCUUAUUGCCAAUAGUGAGGCCAUUAAGAAGUAUAAUCAGGUGAUGGGAUUUUUGUUGAAGGUCAAGCGAGCAAAAUAUGUGCUUGAUAAAGCACGAAGGUGGAUGUGGAAGGGUAAAGGCUCUGCAACAAAAAUCCGCAAGCACCACUGGUUACUGGAACAAAAGCUCCUCAAUUUUGUGGAUGCUUUUCAUCAAUACGUAAUGGACAGGGUUUAUCACACCGCAUGGCGUGAACUGUGUGAAGCUAUGGUAAAAGCAGGGUCUCUAGACGAGGUCAUAUAUGUGCAUGAGACCUACUUGUUAUCGAUUCAGAGGCAGUGCUUUGUGGUUCAAGAAAAGCUGUGGGCAAUCAUCGCAAGUCGGAUCAACAUGAUUCUCGGUUUAGCUCUAGAAUUCUACACAAUACAACAGACGCUGAGCAGCGGUGGAGCAGUUUCAGCCAUCAAAGCUAGAUGCGAAAUGGAAAUAGACCGCAUUGAGAAACAAUUUGAAGACUGCAUUGCUUUCCUCCUCAGAGUACUGUCUUCGAAGCUGAACGUGGGACACUUCCCUCAUUUGGCGGAUUUAGUGACCAGAAUCAAUUACAAUUAUCACUACAUGUCUGACACUGGAAGCUUGAUGACUGUUUCCGGAGCAGAGACUAACUCUUCCAGACCCUGGACUACCAAAUCUGAUGCCCAUUGA